AUGAACCCAGCAAGAGGUCGUGCAAACGACGGAAGGCCGGGCAAUGAACAACCCGAUUUGAUACCGGAGGAGCCCAGAAACUACCGCGAGAAUGGUAGCGGAUACCGCCGAUACAGAGAUCGUAACGUGCGACACGAUCGCGUAAGCCUUUAAUCGUUAUUCUCGAAAAAAAACGGAUGUUAAAAUAAAUCACAUAGGAAGACUCAAAGCGGUUAUCGACUAGAAAACAAGCCCUCUUUGAUUCCUUGAUCAAGGCUCAGAACUGUUUUUUUUUAGCCAAGACCCGAAGACGGUGAAGUUGAAACUGUGCGAGAUCUUAUUCGUCUUUGGCGGCAAUUCGAAGCUGAGCAGCGACAACGCGAGCGACAACGCGAGCGCCGUGAAAGACUUUUUGGGAGCUACAUCGCCGACAUCGUGGUUGUACGUAUCAUCUCUUAUUCUGAAAAAAGUAUAUGAUGUUAAAAGUGAGAGGGUCAAGCACUGCCGAGAUACCACAAAAAUGAAAAAAAAACACGAAUUUUAAGGUUCCAAACUCCUUAAAAAGCAAUAAUUGAAACGAUCGUCUGUGAUCUGAAUUCAAAGGCUUCAUUCACGCUUUACCGUUUCUGCAGUUUUAUGAACGCCUCAACUGAACAAAGGACCUUUUUUAUUUGAAAUAGCUUCUUACAUUGCAGAAAAAGAAGAUUAAAAACUCACAGAAGCUUCGUUGUGAGAAAUUCUAUAGAAUUAGUAGGCGUUCACUAUUUUUUUCAGAGCGAGCUUCUAUCUCGAGACCCCAACAUCAACCAACGGUUUGCGCAGCAAAGACAGCAAAUCAAUCAAGAGAAUCGUCGGAACGUGGAACAUGCUGAACGUCCCGCGGCUUUGGAGGCCGUAUGUUUCAAUUUAUUAUAAAAGAAGUGGUUAUGAAACUCUUAAAUGUUUCAGUACUCGACAGAAAAAGAAAAAUAUGGAAUUUUUUUCAAACGAGCAAGUCAAAUUCAGUUUUUUUUUUGACUGGCCACAAAAAAUGUGAUAUUCGAUUUAUAUUCCAAAAAGACCUAUUUCGUCUAUCAAGAAUUUGUUUCAAGGAACAUCCGGUUGGAAAUGCGGCCGCACCGCUCGGACCACACGAGAAUCGUGAAGGAGAAGAAAAUCCUGGGGACGACACUGAAGAAGAACAAGAACCAGGAGGUGGAGAAGAAGGACAAGCAGAUGAGGCAGAUGUUCAGCCUCCAAUCUAA